AGCGUUGGGUAAAUACAUAUAAACACGAAUGAUUUUAUUUGCAAGUACUGCGUUUAUCAAGUGAAGUGAUGAUUUUAACUUCGUAAUGUUAUGUACCAAUUAUUUUAAAGUCAAAUUACUAAUUUGAUUUAAAAAAAAAAAAAAAAAAAAAUAGCUAGGUACCUAUCCAAGUAAUGGAAUUUACAAGACAUAUGACUGUUCUACGUCGACUUAUUGCUCUUCGAACAAAAGCAAAAGGAAACAUGGGCCUACAUACGCAAUCGAUUGCAAUGCAAAAAGAAAUCGAAAAACAAGAAGUAAAUCUGCCUUGGUGGAACGGUCACUAUUUAUUAUCACGUUUCAACAAAGUUCGAGUUCCUUUCAUUCGAGAUGGCAUUCACGAGAUCGGAAUCGAAAAUAAGACAUCAAUUGUCGACAAAACUCGCCUAGAUGGAGUCAAAAUACUCGACGUGGGAUGUGGAGGGGGAAUACUUUGCGAAGAAUUAGCCAGAUUAGGAGCAGAUGUACACGGACUUGAUAUUGAUUCUGAAGCCAUCGACGAAGCAAAACAGCAUCAGUUAUUAGACGAUUCGAUUAAAGAAAAUUUAAAAUAUAUAAACGAUUCGAUUUACGAACACGAACGAGAUUAUUUUGAAAAAUACGACGCUGUAGUUAUUUCUGAAGUAAUCGAACAUAUUCCAAACGAAGAGAAAGAAAAAUUCUUAUCGAGCUCUAUAAAUACACUUCAACCCGGAGGUUCGUUAUUCGUCACUUGUCCAAACAGAACACUUUCCAGCAGAAUAAUCGUAAUAUUUUUGGCAGAGUUGUUCGAUAUCAUUCCCAAAGGUACUCACUACUACGACGAGUUCAUCGCUCCGGAAAAUUUAAUCAAGAUGAUCCAGAAAAAUAAAUGUGAAAUUAAAACCGUCGAAGGAAUAUUUUACAAUCCAUUCAGAAAGGAUUUCGCGAUUUCUCCGAAUAGAUCAUUAUUUUAUGGGGUUCAUGCUAUAAAAAACAGAGCAGAAUAGAAAUCAUAACUGUUUUUUCUUUGUAAGUAGGUAAAGUACCCAUAUCACACUAAUGUAGGUACCUAAGUUAAGUUUAUAAAAGUACUUACCUAUGUAGGUAGGUACGUAUAAAUGUACAGAAACAAUAAAUAAAUGAAAGAGUAA